AAUGUAGAAAUACCAGUUGGCCAACGUCCCACAUAAUUUCAAUUUCAAUUCUCAAAUCUCCCACAAACAAAUCCUCUUCACAAUGCCUUUUGGUCUAUCCAGAAGAAGAAACCCACAUGGUGUGGUUAUGUCAAGCCCCAACCACUACGUACCUGAAAAGUUUCGUGCCAUGGUCUUGAGACUCAACAUUGACUGCAAUGCUUGUUGCAGAAAGUUGAGGAGGAUCGUCCUCAGGAUGAAAGGGAUAGAGAGUCACAUGAUAGAGAAGCAGCAAAGGAGGCUAUUUGUGUGCGGUCGAUUUGUUCCAGCAGAUGUUGCAAUACAUAUAAAGAAGAAGAUGAAUCGCAGAGUAGAGAUCCUGCAAGUUCAUGAGCUUGGCGGGAGCGAGACAAGUGAGAGAGAUCAAACAGAUAAUAAUCCAGAUAGAGAUGGGCCACCUGCAGAGAAUAUUUGCUCUCAACCACCAGUUCCCAUGGUGGCAUAUCCUGGUCAAGCUCCUUCGUGUCAACCGGUCAUGCCUCUGGCUUACUGCAAAUCUGGUUAUUCCGCCAUGGAAAUAGUUGAAGUCUGGGAGAGCUGUGAUUGUACGUGUGUAACUGAGGGAGAAGAUGAAGUUCCAUAUGAUGAGGACAUAACGGGACUUGAAGAACCAUACUGGGAAAAUGAUUAUCCGGAUGAGUACUAGAUUCAGAUUUCUACGUGAAGAUCAAUUAGAACAUGUGGGAAUAUUUGCAAUCAGAUAAGUUAAAGCAAAAUAAAAGGGCUUCAAAGAGCUGAACCUCAUUGGAAAGCCAAUAUA